AUUCAUUGCGGGGGCUGGAGGGAGCACAGAGGGUGGAGAUGGGUGUUUUAGAAAGCAAAGGCAAAAGGCCAUUUUCUGCCCUUCAGCUCAGAGAGAGGAGGAGCCGGGAGAGCAGGUGAAACUGUGACUAAGUGGAAGUUAGGUCGGGGGAGAUUAAAGUUCCUGCGCUCAGUCUGGAGCAUCAGCAGUGCCUUCAGAGCACCAUGUUUGAGCUGUGCCGGUGGAUUGGGCUGUGAGGUAGACCAGUCCUGGCUGUGAGGAUGGCCAGAGAGCUGAGCCAGGAGGAGGUGCUGGACUUUCUGUGUCAGGGCGGUGGGAAGGUGGCCAAUGCCUCGUUGCUGGGUCACUUUAAGAGCUUUCUGAGAGACCCCCAGGCACCCCAAGAGCAGCUGCAGAAGCACAGAGACAGGUUCAAGCGCUAUGUGAACUCGGUGGCCGUGGUCAAGCAGGAGGGGGCAGUCAAAUACGUGGUGUUAAAAAGCAGGUACCGGGAUCUGCUGGGAGAGGAGCUGCGCCCAUCUGUCCCACCUGAGCCGGACAACCGGGAGGACGGCAUCCGGGGAGAUAGCCGGGGUGUGCACCCAGCUGACAAUCUCCAGGAAUACAAGGGGCCACUGAGGGGCCAGUCUGAUGCCAGGCACAUUUAUGGCAGAGACCAUGGGCAGCAGCAGGGUGAGUGGCUGGGGCACAGAGAGAUACCUGUACAUUCCCUGCCUGAGAGUAAUGAGACUGAGAUCCCUGAACUUACUGCCUCUGUAAAUGGAAACAAAUGGGAAGCCCCAACUCAGAGGGCACCCUCCCCUCACCCUUUAACGCCCCAACCCACCUACACAGCACCUAUCAGACCAAUACCACCCCAGGUCAGCUCCCCACCAGCCAAGCAAUCCCCCCAAAACACCUCAUUUAUCAACAUCAGCUCCCCACCUGCCAAGCACCCCACCAAAACCACCUCUUCUCGUAACAGCAGCUCACCACCAGCCAAAUACCCCACCAAAACCACAUCUUCCCUCAACAGCAGCUCCUCAUCCUCCUCCCCAGCCCAGAGCUCGGAUCUUCCUAAGGUGCCUACCCCAGAUCCAAGUGGCCCCUGGAGACAUCCACCUGGCGGAGAGGGCAGACCUGAAGCGGCAAAUCCUGCCUCUGUCACCUGCAGCAGGGAUCUGAAAGAACAAAGACAAGGGUACAUCUCACACACUGAGUUUAAUCCACCAAAUCCUCGCUUAAAUGGUAGAUAUCCCCAGGAGGUGCACUUUGCGCAUGAAGAGCACAAUAAGUAUGUAUACAGUGAACAACAUUCUGACAUCCAGUACCUGGAGCGGCCAGAUUGUCCUUCCUCCUAUUACAAGAAUCCAGAGCACCCUUCCCCCUCCUCCCUGCUCCCACAAGAACAAGGUUUCACUCCUCCAGAUGUGUUGCUGGAAGAUUAUCCUCCACCAAGCCCCACUCCUUCCCCUCCUUUGCAUCACAAUGAUAUGCAUGGUAUGUGGAUGUAUGAAAUACCAAUUUUUAAGAGUAUAAGAUAUCAACUGUCACUGCAGGACCUGGAAGACUUUGUUGACCAAGAAAGUUGUGGGAGUGAUGGGAGUGACAGUGGUGAAGGUGGGGACUGUGAUACAGAGCACAGAGAUGAGGAAGACCUCUCAAGUGACUCCAACAAUCAGAAGUGCCAGCCAUAUAUUGAGCAGAAAUUUGACCUUCCUACUAGGCACCCUCCAAGUAAAAAAUUCCUUAGUAUAAUUGAACAGUACAAUAAACCACAAACUGAGGACUCCAUGGGUGUCACAGAUAUUGCUGCUGAGAGGAACAUAAAUCCCCUUGUAGCCAUUAACUCUAAGGAAUCUCCAUACAUUGCUAAGUCUUUCCUCACUGAUCAAGCACCCAUCUUAUUUGACUUGGCGCUAAGUCACCCAAAAAACAGAAUUUACUCAAAUCUGCGGGAAAAUAUGUCAUCAUCAGAUGAUGAAUUAAUUGACAGGGAUUACCGAAAAAGAAGGCGCCCAUCACGUACAAAGAAACCGCCUAAUCUUCCAGUGGCGGCCCCAUCACCAGAUAUAGAUAGACUCCUAUUUACAAAAUCUGUUACAAACAACAGUUUCAUUAUAAAUGACUAUUUCCCUGUUGAGAGCCAAAUGCACAUUGAUGCACAGAAUGUUUCAGAAGGGCAAACGGAUUCUAAUCUUAAAAGAACAAUUGCUUACAAGUCUUCUUCAGUUCCCUUAGACCAAAUGGAACAUGACUGGAUUGUUAAAUCAGCCUCUGGUUCCUGGCUUCAAGUUUAUGGCAUGUUUAAUAUGGACCCUAAUUUGGCUUUACGUAAAGAUUUCAUCUCUGGCUACACCGUUCUGCACUGGUUUGCCAAACACGGUUGUGUAGAAAUGUUCCAGAAAUUUGUAACUGGCGCCAAAAAGGCUGGGAUCGAACUGGAUAUAAAUGUAAAAACCAGUUGUGGAUAUACCCCUUUACACAUUGCUGCUAUCCAUGGCCAUUCUAAAGUGGCCACACUGCUAGUGGAAAACCUCAAGGUGAAUGUGAAACUGAGAGACAACAGUGGCAAGAGGGCUUGGCAGUAUUUAAGCUGCAGAACAUCUGGAGAGGUCUGGCAGUUGUUAGGAGCACCGAAGGGUAAAACCAUAUUCCCAUCUCGGGCUUUACCUGUAGUUCACAAUUUAAACUCGCACUAUGGUUCAAGCCAAAUCAACCGAAAAACAUCCCUCGCUGCCUUUCUUAAGCCGCAGCACCAGAAAUGGAAAGCUAAUAACCUCCAUGCUUUAAGAGAACGAGAGAUUUACAGUGACUGAAAAAUUGCCAUUUCUAUUAUUGUAACCCAUUCUGUGCCAGGGAGGUGUGCAAUAUAUUUUUUUCCUACCUCUUAGAUACAAAAAAUUAAAGGUACACUAUAGUGUCAUGAAUACGAACAUGUAUUCCUUACACCAGAGUGUUAAAAUGACUAUUUAGCUCCCCGGCUCCCCUUAUGUCACAAAACUUACCUUUUCUCCCAUGCCCACUUGAUGGCUGGCACAUCAAUCUCAGCUGAUCUAAUGCAAAACUCCUAGCUGCACCAUUCAGCAUCCCACAUAGGGAUGCAUUGAAUUAAUGCAUCUCCAUGGGUAGCGUUCUGUGCGUGAAGACACUGAACGUAGGUGCAGCACUGGGAUAGUAGGCACCUCUAGUUGCUGUCUGCGUGACUGCCAGUAGAGGUGCUCCUAGGCAGUAACGUAAACACCGCUUUUUCUAUGAAAAGGCAGUUUUUACAGUGCUCACCCUGCAGGGACAGGCUACAGAGACCAGAACCACUACAUGAAGCUGUUGUAAUUCUGGUGACUAUAGUGUCCCUUUAAGCCACACUUCCAGAUUUUAUCUGUUUAUAUUUUUUAUCUCAUUCUCAUUUGUUUCACUUUUUUCUUUUAUAUAAUGUAUAUUUUAUAUAUAUAUUUAUUUAAACUGUGUAUGCACUUAAUUUGUCUUUGAAUGGAAUCUUAAUUUUGUUCUACAAUAACACUAGACCUGUAAAAAGCCAAUCUUUUAGCACAAUGGUUAUGCAACUUACUAUUUAUAAGUGACUGUGACAGCACAGCAAGUGUUUCAUAUCACCUUGCAGGUUGAAAAUCAUUUACUUUCAGCUGAAAUGUAAGGAUUUCAAUGACACUCUGGAAUGUACAUUGUGACAGAUGCAUCCCAUUAUCUAGACUACCAGACUCAAUUAAACAUCACUUUUAUGAGCUAGAACAAAUACAAUGUGUGUUGGUCCAUUCGUGGACUGCUAGAAAAAUUCUCUUAUACAUUUUAUAAUACAACUGCUUCAUCAAUAUAGACCUCUAAAUCCAUCUCAUUAGCACACUGUGAUAAAGUCCAAAGGUUCUUAAAUGUUUAACUUAUAGAAGUAUAUUUGCAAUGAAAUCUCAACAGUUACCAUGGCAUUCUAUAUUACAGAGUGUACCCUCUGGGCGUUGAAAGGGUUAUCUUGGACAGACUUACAUUUUCUCGAUUAGCAAUAAUAUCUAGAGCUUUAUUACUAUAGCAAUCAUAACAUGCUGAUAGAUACUUGGCCAUAGGACUUCGAGAAGGAAAAUUAUAUCCUCGUGCAGCCACAGAGAUUAAUUGAAUAUGAAUGAUUAUUUCUGACUUUGGAAAUGAUUGGAGGUUGUGUUUCUAUAUGACUUGAUAAUGUAAAAUACGCUCUGUAUAUGAUGGCUUAGCACAUACAGAUAGACUCAAUUAGAGUUGUUUUUAUCUUAUUUUAUAUGGUCGCCUAAAUUUACAGCCCUUUUUAUUUUAAAUACGUUGUUUGGAGUUUAUUCAGAUAAUUAAUAAAUAGCAGUCAAGAUAGUAAGUUGUAAAAAUCUCCAUUUCAGAAGAUACAUAUCUGUUUUUUUGUCCUAAAUUCUGAUGUUCUAACCCACUUCUUCUCACUGUUAAGUGAAUAAUGUUGUUUCUUUAUGACUCAAAUGCUUGUCUUUAUUUUGUAUGCACAAAAUAAACUACAAAUUGUCAGGAAUAAAUAUCAAAUUCAAAAGUAAGAUUAUAAUUUUAGGCCAAAACAGCCAUUUUUUUUUUUAGUUCAGCUAUUUUAUCGUAAAAUGUGAAAUUAACUAUGAAAUUCUUAACAAUUCACACUUUAGUAAAAAAGCUAUGUCAGAGUUCUAGGGGACAGCACAUCUAAGGAUGCCAUGAUAUGGUAGAAAAUGCACAAUAACGUUUCUAUCACAGCUAUAUUUUCAGAGAUCUUUUUGCCAAUUAAGGCUUUACUAAAGGAAUUUUUCUUUUGCCCAGUUAAAAAAAACAAGAUCUUUUACACUGUAGCUGGUUUCCUUUUUUGGAUGUAAAAUGAGUGACAAACAGGUAUUUCUCUUCCAAGAUGUGUUCCAGAGACAUCUCCAUUCAAGUGAGUGGAUUCCAAGCACGUUUACAUUUAGUAAACUGGGGCAAAAAUAGGCUAAAACUUGAAAUGUGUCAUACAUGUGAAUAAAGACUAUAUUUUUACAGAUGAGCCAACAUUGGUAUUUGCAUGUCUUUGUGUCCAAGUGUAUAAUUUUAUAGAGGAAACACAGACAGGUCAAUAACAG